UUUGGUCCUGGUUUUCUUGAUCUACUGACAGAGAAUCAUAAAAGGAGGUUUCCAACUUGUGCCGAUGAGGAUAGAAUCAAUAACUUAUCAGAGCAUUUGAUAGACUCGAUCCUAGAGCGACUCCCAUUUCAAGAUGUUGUAAGGACAAGCAUUCUAUCAAAAAAGUGGAGGUAUAGAUGGACUAGAAUGAGGGUGUUGGUCCUUGAUAAGCAAUUCUGCCAAAAAAUUGCAAAAAAUGGAGCUUAUGGCCGUAAUGGUUUUAUACGGAUCAUAAAUCAAGUCUUGAUCCUUCACAAGGGUCCUAUCUCGAAAUUUUCUCUCCAUAUACCAAAAAUGUAUCUUUAUAGCUUCGAAGAAAUCGAUGAGUUGAUGCUAUGCUUAUCAAAAAAUAGUGUGAGGGAACUCGUCCUUACUAAUUCAAAUCGGCGUUAUGAACUUCCAUCCUAUGUGUUUUCUUGUAUAGAAUUGAGAAAAUUGGAACUCGAGAAUUGCAUUUUUAAGCCACCACUUGAGUUUAAAGGAUUUUUCAAUGUUGUAAAUCUUUUUCUCAAGGAUAUUGAUUUUGGGGCUAACUCCUGGGAAACUCCGUUUAGUUUACCACACCUUAAGAGGCUGUGCCUGCAUACGUGCACAAAUGUCUACAAUUUCAACAUCAAGGCUAAGAAACUGAAGACUUUGAUUGUCAUCACUUGCCCUCAAGCCAAUGUGCUCCGGUUAUUAGACAGUCCAUGCCUUACUGUUAUUGCUUUAUCUUUCCAAAAGCCCAUAAAAGAUUUUGUACGAGUUGAAAGGGUGAAUUUGACCAUCUUGUUAAGUAAAUUGCCGAAGAUUGAACAGUUUUAUAUCGAUGGUCAUUUUAGUAAGUUUUUGAGUGCAGAUAAAAUUCCAAAGUGGCUUCCUCAUGCAGUUAAUAGUUUAAAGCAUUUGUUGUUGUUAUAUUUUGACCUUGGUGAUUUGGAUCAACUUCAUGGUGCUCUUUGUUUGCUUCGAAACUCACCAAAUCUAAAAAGACUGUAUAUGAAGCUUACACAUAAGCCUCAAUUGCAUGAUGAUGUUGGAGCAUCUUCAAAUCAUUUGGAAGCCCCAGGGUGCUUAGAUCAGACAUUGAAACGGUUGCAACUUGCGGACAUAAGUUUAGAAGGAUCAAGACCGGAACUACUUUUUAUAAAGCUUGUACUUGCUCAUUCCCCUUCUCUCAAGAAAUUUUUUAUCCGACCAAGUGGCCCUCAUGAUGCUCAAAAAUGGUUUAACAUUGCUAAGGAUACCAUGCAGUUCCCACGAGCCUCACCAAAUGCAGAAACAGUCUACUUGAAUCCCAAGCCAUAAUCUUGAUGCUUGUGUUCUACAUCUAAGAAGAAUAGCAUAGAAAGGUUAGAAAAAACAGGUGAAAUUUGUACUACAAAGCGGUGAAUGCUACCACCUGAACGUAUUAGUCUACAAUAGCUUAAGUUUUGCUGUUAAUCGAGUCUAGUACCGUAAGUAUUCUUGUCGUAUGUCUUGCCUUUGCUUCUGCAAAAAGUGUUCACAUUUUGGUGUUAUUUGUGUUGAAACUGUGAAUUUGAUUGUGUUUGA